AUGAGUUUAAGGUUAUGUGUGGCACUUGCACGUUAAAGUUGUUUUUAAAGCGUUGUAGUUAAAUGCGUGUUGUUACGGGUUUAACGUUUUAGAGCUUAUAAACUUCUCUGUCCAAGCCUUAUUUUUUCAUAAUUUGUUCAUUUUACUUUGGCAAAUUGUUUUUUGGAACUUUGUGAAUGGACACAUUUAGGCUUAUCUAUUUUAUAACCACAACGGGAAUGCUGCGCAGUUUCUCUCGUGCAUACAGAAAAUCGGUGACUUGCAUGCGUCAGCAGAUCUGCAAAAUAACGGUACGCUUUCAUGUUGACAAACCUUUGUCACAAAAAGUUGUUUUGUGUUUGUAUUGUUUUAUCAGUAGUGUAGGCUAUAUCGGACUAUGAAUCUCAAGUGUCUAAUAGCCAAAUGCUUUCCAAAUGAAGAAAAAACAGGAAUCAGUUUUUAUGUUCAUAAUUUAUUUGUUUGUUGAUACGACAUAAUCUGUCACUAAUAGUAAAGAAAAAGAUAUGUUGUGAAAUUGUGAUUGUAUGUUUGUAGAAAAGGUCUCGACUUUGUGUCUCCAACAUUUCUCCUUAGCGUAGCACUUUCUAACGUCUCCUGUCCAGAGUCUGUCUCUCGUUAAUGACUUUUAGCCUAGCUCAAUCACAGUACCGAUCGAAUAACCAAAUUGUUUAUGUCCGCAACUUGCGAACAGCCCUAUAAAAAGCUAUCGUAAGCAAAGCCCCAGGCAACGACACACGCUUAUGCGCAGACUUAAAAGGAGAGGACGCUCGUGGAUGUAACUUGGUGGUCAUUGUCGUAGGCUACCUGGGGAGGUCUGCCCGGUGACUUGCAACUAAAUUUAGGCCCUGAACAAUAUGGCAGGGUCAGCUUGGUCCACUUAAGGGAAGUAAUUUGAGACGUUUGGCGUCCCCCGUUUGACACCACCUCUGACAGAAGCACCUGUGCCAAAGCGCACUGUAACCUAACCUCAUGUAUCCAUCCCCCAAGUUACCUGAGCUAUGGGACUACUUUUUGAUUUACAUCACUGGCAUCCUAGAAUUUAAUCCAGAGGGCGGGACGCUAGAACGCAUGAUGUUUCCGAUCCGGAUGAAUCCAUCCAAGAAGUACAGAGCGGCGUGUCGCAGGUAUACAAGAAAGUUGUUUUUACAACCAUGGGUAAAUGUAUUUGUCAACAUUUGUCAUGACUGGUUUAUGUCUGUUCUGGGUCACCCAAUAUGGUUCUUGACUGUUUUGGAAGGUAGGCCUUUAGCACACAUAUGAUACAUAAACUGUUGACUAAUUUGCCAUUUGACUCUGUUAUAUUGUAUCGGGUCAGCGUUUGAUCUUCGUGGUCUGUUACUUGAGACAGGACUGGGAAAGACCUUGUCGGCUAUCAGUUAUCAGUUUUUUUUGUCAGAGAGGUCGUAAAGUUUUUUGACAUGGGUCUAUAGACAGACUUUUUCACAAAUGACUGUAAUGUUAGGUUUAUGGAAAUUUGCCACUGUGCAUGCAUAAGAACCAUGAUAAAAGGAUAAAAUGUCAGCACAGUAAAUUGCUGAAGCCAAGUUAAGCGUAAACAAAAAACAUUGACAAUGUCUGAUAAGUGAGGAAUUUGGUUGAAAAGUAUAACACUUUCUGUAAUGUCAAUGUUCUGCCUGUGAUUUAAUAGCUAAUGUGAAAUGAUUAACAAUUGCCUUUAUAGAUUCUGAGGUCUUUUUCCUUUUGAGAUGAUUUUCAUCUUGCCAGUAUUGUAUGAGGGAAGGUUGAGACAGGUUUCGUUGCACCAUCAUUGAGCAUAAACUAGAUUGUAUGACCUUGUGGAUUGUGAAAUUGAAGCCCUACAUUGUGCCCUUAAGAUGUUCCUUUAAAUGUUGAUAUUGUGUUUUAUGUGUUAAACAAAAAAAAAAUGCAUUCUUAGUAUCUUUUUUCAAAAUUGUAUUUUCAUCUUCUCGUGCAAUUUUGUUGACAUUUUGAUGUAGACAGGUGUACAGAUUUAGACAUGAAAGGCAGGUAGUGGUCCCUGUCCUACUUGUCUCACUCUGUUUUGGCUUUGUCCUUUAGUGUUUGUGAAAAUCUGUGACUGGAGGCUAUACUCUUCCAGAUCCUGUCAUGUCAUCCACAAAAGCUGACACUCCACUGAUGCAAAUCAAGGUCUUGUAUACCUCAGAGAGGUGUGGGACAUAAUAAGGUGGCAGACAGGUUAUUUACUGGUCACCUGUCAUGUGUACUCAGCCUGUCUGCAUGGUACAGUACACACACACCAACAUGACGCAGUGUCCACCUCUCUCACAUCCUCCCUGCCCCUGCACACAAAUGAACAGGAUCUUAAGAAGUCACAUUGUCUUGCUGUUGUUUAUUACAGUAAGGAGUCUGCUCUGUUAGGUUUCCGAAAACAGUAUGAAUAAUUGAACUAUUAUGACACUAUUCAUUGGCAUCAGCUGUUAAAAUGUGUACCACUGUAGCUGAUUAUGUAGUUUGUUUAUAUUGAAUUUAAGAAAAUAUGGAAAUUUCUUGCCUAGGCACAUACGUUAUAUGCUUUUCAUACUGUAGGCUUCAGACUUUAAGAAAUAUGGUGCACUGUAAAACGCUAUAUAUCAGAUCAUAAAGUAACAAGCCACUGUUGGCGUUGCAUUUUCCCUCUCAGAAUUCUUUAUUUAUAUAUUAUUGGAUGUUAUUUAUAGCAUCAGUAUUUAUCUGACCCCUUCAUUGUGGAGUGGAUUAGUUGUGUGUCACAUUGCAACUCUCCUAGUCUUUAAUUCAUUGCAUUCAUUCAUCCCAUUGAGUAAGACUAUACCUGGGUUUAGAGGAGAGGGUCUAUUUUCUAACCUAUGAAUGCAGUUAAUUGUUAUUUGAAUGGAAGUUUGUAACCCUCUUGUUUCCUAGUUUUUAUUGAGAUUCUGAACCAAUUGACCUUUUUUUGCGAACUCUCAAGACAAGAAAUGUAAUGGACAAUCCUGGUGACCAGACAUUCAAUUGAAAUAUAAUUCUAACAGUUGUUAGUUUGUCAAGAAUUGUGGUCAAUGGUUUCCUAGUUUCCCACCAAAUAUAACUUGGGGACAUUAGAAUUUUGCAUUAGCCCUGGAGUAAGUAAAUAUUUACGAUUAUUUUCAGAUGCAGGCAACCUGGUUAAGCUUUUCUGGUUGUGAAUCCAUACGGACCCAUACAUUUGCAGUCUGUUUUACGAGUUUAAUCAAAAUUCAAUAUUCCUUCAGUAAGCAGCCGUUAUUAUCCCCACCAGUCUAAAAGCACGCAUCAUCACAUCUUUCUUACACUAUCAAUAUGUGUUCUUAAUGUUACCAUCCACUCACACAUACACUGAAUCAGCUUCAUUUUUUCCUCAUUGAGCAAAAUCAAUUCAGAGUAAUGGGAUUCCAAUUCACCCUUCAUCAACCCUACCCCCCCCCCCCCCCCCCCCCCGCCCUGCCCACAUCCAACACGGUGGCAAUCGAUUCGUUGUGAAUGACUUCAUUGGUUUUGACUUUACCUCUACCAGCAAUCUUUAUCUGAGCAGCAAGAUGCUGACUUGGUUCACCCCCAGGGAAGAACACUUGUUUCAUUUUUUUUAACCUAUUGACAGAACUGCGCUUCGCUGAUUGGUUUGACGUGUCCGUUUAGAAGUGUCCGUUGACUGGGACAACAAUCUAUUGAGGCUGUUUCUUAAGGGAGACGACAUAAACAGGGUGCCAGUUUUGGACAGUUGUAAUUAGGCAAGCUGGCAGGGAGCGUUUCAUUUUAGCUCUGUUUACUCAGCAGCAUAGCAAUCAUUGGGGAAGCCCACUCAUACAUUCUGCUGAUAGCUCCGUUUUUAAUGACAAUGUUUAGAUAUAUCUUACUCUUGGCAUUUUUAUAUUUCCAUGUAUAGUUGUUGGGCCUAUUUGACUUAAAACAUGCGGGAGAGUUUUAUUCCAUUUGGGUUAUUAACGUUUCGUUUUGAGUCAAAACUGAGUCAAAUCUGUCUGGUUUGGGGGCAAAAUACUCUGAUAACCCACAAAAUUAAACCGAAGGUUAAAGAUCUGAAGACGGAUAAGCUGUCAGGGAAGUUCAGUUACAUUCCCAGACUGGGUUCACUGAACCUUACAUUAACUGAUGUAAAGUAGAUUUUAUAGGACUGCUAAAGGGUCGUCAGGAGCAUAAAAUAUGCAUCUUAUUUCUAUGUCUCAGUUAUUAGGACUUCUUGUUUCCAUUUGUAUCUUGCAUUUAAUUCUCUAGAUUCCGAUUUUAGUUCCAGUAAAGCAUUCCUUGGCUUGUAGGCAGCUCCAUAUAGGUAAAACGAAACACAUUCCUCUGUGUAAGACAUAGAGCCCUGCUAGUGGUUGUGCUGCAGCUGGGAUGCCAACGGCGUACCCUAUAAAUCCAUGGUAGCAUAAACUCUACAGUAGAACAGUCUCAGAGGGCACUUGACUUAAUUAAGUUUCUCAUGUUUCUCAACGUAAAACUAUGAGGCUUACAUAAACUAUUGCAAUAAACAUUGUUCCUUUUGUUGAUUCUGCUAGUUGUCUUGUUUCUGUUAGCACUAUGCAACUUGCCAAUAUAAAUACAGAUCUCAGAUAAUCUCACAGCAAUCUUAUUAACCUUGAAAGGAGUGUAGAACUGACCGUGCUGACCAUCACCCAGAACAGGUACUAUGUCCUUCUUUAAAAGAUUUCCCCCUAAAUCCUUGUUUUAGUGUUACUCACAAUGUGUAGGUUCUGUGUAGGGACAGUUGUAACACUUGGAAAAACCUAUUAGCUAUUUGGCUAUGAGCACUGCAGUCAAUGUUCCUGAAUCUAUGAACAGCUGCAUGUCUAAGUCUCCCAGAGCUCAUUUGCGUUCCCCUCCUCACCUAUGGAGGGCAGCCUUGCUCCCAUUAUCCACUUGAUCGUAAACAGGUCAGACUGGUCUCUCACUCUCACUCACUCUCUCUUUCAUCUCCUUCGCUCUCUCUUUUUUUCUUUCAUCUCUCUCCUUCUCGAGCUCUCUUUUUUUAAAGAACCUAUUUCCUCUCUCAUCUGUGCUGACAGAACCUUAAGAAAAGAAACCAUAAUGAAGUCAUGGCGUCAGGUGCAGAUCUGUGGAGUCCCCUCUCUGGGGUGCUUUGGACUACCCUUCAGGGCAGUGGUGGUUAGGGCUCUCGUCGCAUGAGCUGUGUGUGAAUUGUGUGCGCAUGUCUGGCCCCAGGCCUUUGUGUGAUUUCUCAAUGUGGAUGGGAUAAUCCCAUAAUCUGAUAACAACCCACUGUGCAGAUUUGGUGAUUAAAGUUCUGAUGCAAACAGUUGUUACCAUGGUUGCUGCAUGGAGAAGAAGAGAAUAAAUCACUGUAUUGUGUUGUUGUAUGGAACGGGUAUGUGUGUAUUGGCUUUUGUUUGUAAGGAAUAUGUGUGUGUGUUGUGGAAGGGGGGCGGUUGUGUUUAUCUUUUGUUUGGUUCCUGUUUCAAUCUCAAUAAUCCCCAAUGUUUGAGUUUUUCUGAUAACAAUAGUAGUCAGAGUUUUCACACUGAGAUUAUGAUUGGUUUCAAGAAUAUCCAUGUUUACCCUGAACCACGGUGCAGCGAGUGUAUGAGGUGAAUAGUGGAGUGUGAAAUAAGAAGGGGGUAGGGGGGAGAGAACAGGCUGAUGUAACAGCGAGGUGUGUCUACAGUGGACAGGCAGGGCAGUCCCUCUCGGGUCCACUCCAUGAUGGAUGGAGGGGGAAAACAGCAAGCCACACAGGAUUUGAUAAACUGCCCUGUGCACAAGCCAGGUCUCUCCUACUCUUACUCACACUAGGAAAAGGACACACACACACACACACACUGACAUACACUCUGUCUUUCUCUGUUGCUCUCACUCACACAGGUAACUGCGGACCCGUAAGUAUGUACACACACCCAAAUGGGCACAUGCACCCCCUACCACUUUCACACACACACACACACACACACACACACACACACACACACACACACACACUCCACACUACAUUUCAGGUGUAUUGUUGUUACGCAAUCCUUGAAAUCCAAUUAUUUUUUAUUGCAGGAUUCUCACAAGAGAGGGUUGUUUUUACUUAGAACUUGACACCACCCAAAUUAGGAAACACACUCCUGAUUUGCUUUUGUACAGACUGUUCAUGCCCACAAAGACACACUGGACACCUAGCCCCCUUAUUAGACCACUACAUCAGUCCCUUUCUUCAGAUAAACAAAACCACACACACACGCCUCAAAUUGAUUACUUUCAAUGGUUGUGCUCUCUCAGGAAAUGCCUGCAUUAAUCUACAGUGGUACCGUCCUUUUAGAUGCGUCAAGCUGUGCAGAGGAAAGACGAGGGGAGGAGAUGGAGAUUUACAUAGAAUUAAAGCUUAGAACGUAGCAUUAACACUGCAAUCAUGGAUGGGCUGUUGAUUUCUAACUUCCUCUAGACAGCCUUUACGUAAAUGGAAAAUUGGUUCCUUAAUUAUUUAGGAUUGUAGUCGAUGUGCUAUCUUCCAAACAUCUGCAUAGGAAUUCCUAGCAUUCUGUAGCCUUCCACAAAUGCAAUAUUUCAUUUCAUUUCAAUACUUCAUGUGUCUUUUUUUGAGCAAUCAAUGGCACUAUAUAAUUUCUUGCCCAAUUAGAAGACAACAUAUAGUAGUGUACUAAAACUUGUAUAAUAUAUACAGAAGAAGAAUGUUAGGUAUCCAGUUCUAAAGCUAGUCUCUCCACCCUGGACAAGGCUACUGGAUGAGGUAAGACACUGGGAUACCUUCCAGGCUCUCUGAUCCAGUUGAGUUUUUACUCAACACUUAGCUUGUUGACAAGUUUUGUAAUGGCGUGUUACCACAGUAGACACAGUGCUGUUCAAGAGGUUGGUUCAUAGCCUAUUGGGUGGCACUGGAAAACUAUUUUAUAUCGGCAACAUUUCCCUCCAUCAACUAGCUAGCUUUUUAUGCUGUAGCUGUCUAAAGCACUGUUUCUGAGAGGUGGUGAGUGGCAUGUGUGUCAGAAGAUCCAAUCAGAACCCAUAGACAAGUCAGAGAGGAAACAGUAGAGAUGACAAAACAUUGACGCUGGUGGCUUAUAAGUUAUAACCUUCUAUGAGAAAUAGCUAUUGUUUAGCUGAAUUACAGUCAACCAGUAGCGGCCCAUGAGUGAGCCAUCAGCUGCUGCAGAAGCUAAUUUACGCCACCUGCCAAUGGUUGGUGAGCCAUUUUUUCCGGGUUACUUCCCAAACAAGCCCGACUUUCCUUAGCUUGUGGCUCCAUCUGUGCUACAGCUCUCUGGGUGUUAGCCUGCAAAUGUAGUUGAGCGCUGACACGUGUGUCACCUCAAAUUUCAAUGGGAAAUCAUGAACAGAUACUGCUGGCAGGAGUGUGUCACAAAAGCAUGUCCUCUCCCAUGAGCCUAACUUCUCACCCUAGUGACAGAACCCUUAAGCAAACAUGACACUCCAGACAUACGUGGGACAAAGGUAAAAGGACCAGCCAGAACACACUGAGAGACUACAUCACAAAUGCCUAUACUGUAUGCAGGCUUAUACUGCUGUCCCAGGAUUUAUAUUCCAUUUUCCCUCAGUACAAUUGAUAGCACUGCUCCCUCUUGUAUUCAUCUAUUUUGUGAUCUUGUCAGAGGCCAUUUUCAUUCAUGUUUUGUUGUCAUGAUAAGUGGACAUAUUAUUUGUCCUAUAAUUCAAGUAAGGUAAUGGUUGUUUUGCCCACGUAAACGCUUCAAGGCACGUAAACAUGAAGACAUGCCACACAAUUUCAGUUGAUAGGAUUUAGAUUAGAAGACUAAUGACAAUGCAAUAUAAUGGCUCAGGAGAUUAAAUGUUUAUUUAUUUAUUUUUUCUAAUGGAGUUGGAAUACAAUGUUGGGACAGAAUCAGAUCCUCACCUUGACACUUUCCAACUCAAUGUCAUAUACCCAAACACAUAUCAAAUAAGAAAACAGAACUCAACAGAUUUAAAGUUUAGAGGUCUUUGAAUACUAACCAUUUGUUCAUCCUCAUCAACAGAUGUCAGUUCAAUUAUUUAAAUAUUGUUUGCAUUCUUCCCAGGGCAAUUCUGGUGCAGCAUAAAAUGAAAAAAAUGCUGUACAUACAACCCAAAAAACUAUAAACAAGUAAUAUGAAUAUAAGUAGUAUACAUGUAGGCCAAGUUUGCAAAGUGCAAUGAGUAAAAAAAGCACAAAAAGUCAGAAUGUGCAACAAUAAGAGGUGGAGUGUAGUUCAUGCCAAGAUGGAAGGUGGCCUUGGUGAAUGUUAUAAAGAGGGUAGAGACAGAGCUGUGACACCUCUGUAACCUUAUCGCAAGUGGCCACCACUCUCCGUAGCUCUGCAGUCAGUAAAAGUGUUACCAACCAACUUGUUCAUAGAAAACACAAAGUCUGUGUCACGUGUCAUAUAUGUCUACUAAGACUGGACGAAUUGGUGGGAAUGCCAACGUAUACCAUGAAAAGCUGCCCCAACUGUGGGACCGCAAGGGCUGUUUGCUUGAUGAAGAAAGGAUGUAGCGCUUAAAGGAGCUUUUCGCCUAACACCUACAUCAGCCUGCCACACACUCCCCUUAAACAGAAAGACUUUAGCCACAUUCAAAGGAACCAACGUCAAAAUGUUUCAUUUCAUUUCGCAGUACACUGUGACCUCCCUUUUUGUUUGCUCGUGUUCGUUGCGUAACAGAUGUAAUCUGUGGUUGAAGUUGAUGAUGGAGUUUUGGAGUGAAUCUGUUAACUGCGCGCGGAAUUAGAGGACACAGUAGGCAGAUGAUCAUGUGGCUUGCGCAAGAAAAGACCUCCGCGCACGGGUGAAGCAUUGGUGGACGCGGCAAGGGGGGAAGCGCGGACAGUCGUUGGGGGGAAAAUUGAAGUAUUUCGACUCAAAAUGCCAACGUUUUCUGUCAUGUAUAAAGGAGCUGUCAUCAUUAGCAGGACACUAAUGGGUCCAUAUGGAGUAGAUCGUGCUGUGCAUUCCAUUGAAUUUAAGGAUUGUGAGAAUGGUCUGGGAAUCAAAGUCAUCGGGGGAGUGAAGGAGCAGACAGGAGAAGAGUUUGGCGUCUAUGUCAAAAGGAUAUUACCUGGUGGCCUUGCUUCGCUUGAUGGGAACCUUCAACCGGGGGAUCAGAUCUUGGAGGUGAAUGGAGAUAGUCUGAUACAAGUCACAAGUGAAAGUGCUGUGGAUAUCCUGAGGUCAGCGUCCUCGUCCAAUCGCAUGCGCCUUCUGAUCGCUAGAGAUGAAGAAGCAAAGAGAGAAUUUGCAGAGCUGCUGGAGAAGUAUGGAUCCAAUAGCAGCACAGGGUCAACGCGCAACUCUCCUAUUCAGCAGGGUAUAACACACACUCCUACCCCCUCCUCCUCCCCCAAGUCCAGAUGGUACGAUCCAUCUCUUCCAGAAGUACAACGUGCUGGCAGAUACCUGGACAGCACAUCGUCUGGGUCCUCGUCCCGUUCCCAGAGUCCCCUGCCGCUUAGUCCUGCAGGGUCCCAGAGCAUGUACAACAACACCGGCCCUCUAAUGCGUUCUCUCAGUCACCCGGGCGAGGGGGUGAUCCAGUUGAUCUCGGUGUCUCGGUCCAGCAGCCUGGGCAUCGCCAUCGGAGGAGGCUCCAACAGACCCGACGGCCCCGCUGUCUUCAUCCAGGAGGUCCUGUCAGGAGGGGACUGUCACAAGGAUGGCCGUCUGAGACCUGGAGAUCAGCUGAUUGCCAUCAACAAGGAGUCUUUGAUAGGUGUGACCCAUGAGGAGGCCAAGACAUUGCUCAACAAGGUCAAGUUCAGUCAGGAGGCGGUGGUGGAGAUAGCCUUCAUCCCAGGUAAAGGCCCGCUCCCCAGCAGCACAUCUCUACACAACGGAGUCCAGAGAGGCGUGGGCAAUGGCUUCACCUCUGGACGCUUAAAAGUCCACGUCAGGUCACCAGAGAUCCGGACAGAGGAGACUGCCCCAGUGCCUUCGCCCUCCCCUGACAUCUGCCCUCCAGACAUCCACAUUUCAGGCUCAGCCCCCACCCUGAGAGCAGCAUCAGGAACCAAGCCCAAGAUCACCCUGGACCCCCAUAUACGGCUCAGAUCGGAAAAACUUGAUCUGGCACUGUCCUACCUGGGCCUGGACAUCACAGAUGAGACGAAGAGGAGACUGAGGCAGAGUCUGACCACAGACCCCCAGGGCACCGUGUCCUACGGAGAUUUUGUGGAAGCCACUCGGAACAUCUACCAGGAGAAGCUUGAGGAGGUGGGGCUAGCGCAGGGCCCCUUCAUGUUCUCCUAUCAUGAAGCGGCCAGCUUGAUGGACACCUCUGCCUUCCACUCUCCUACGUACGAGUCCGAGUGCAGCUACAGCAGCGAGGAGCUGGAGCAGUUCCAGACCGAGGUCAAGCACCUGCAGAUCCAGAUGAAGCAGCUUAAGCAUUCUCAUGUCCACACGCCACAGGUUCUGCUGAAGGACACGGAGCACAGCAAGAAAGGCCUGGAGGACGAGCUCCAGAAGACCUCAGAGAUAGCGUCGGCGACGGUGGAGGAGAACAGCCGCCUGAAGGGCCGCCUGCAGGUGGCCGAGGCGGCGCAGCAGCAGACCAACAGCGCCGAGCAGGACUACGAGGAGGUGAUCCAGCUGCUGGAGGCUGAGAUCCGGGACCUGAAGAACCAGCUGUCUGGAAAGAAGCCCCGCAGCCUGGAGGCCACCAAGGACGACGUGAUGGAGCUGAAUAAGAGGAUGACGGCCGUCGACUGUCAGCUGAGGAAGUCGGAGCUGAGCAGGAAACACCUGGAGAUCUCCAACAAGAAGCUGCUGGGGUUUGCACAGAAUGUUCACAAAGUGCUCACCACGCCCCGCUUGUUUGGGAAUGAUAACGGGAGUAACAGGUCUUCUCCAGCCACUGACAGUCCUGACACUCCGUCGCCCAUCCCAGACCCAGCCUUCCAGCUCGCCACCGAGGCCAAAGAACUGGUGGAGGGAGUACAAGCUCUCGCUGAAGGCCCAGAGUUGCUGAGUGAUUCGGAGAGACUCGUCACUGAUGAGAGUGUGGCUGCAGGUGCAGAUUCACGGGCUAGGACGACCCUGUCUGGAGCUACAGCCAAAGACAAGCGCCAUGUGUAGACCAGGAGAACGUCGGGAGAACGUCGGGAGAACAUCGGGAGAACAUCCGUGGCUGGGGGACUGGGUCCACGAACACUGUUGCUUGACUCACUGAACUUCAAACUCGAAUCCUUUAGACAGACAGACAAACUGUGAAGCUAUCCAGCGCGCUUAUAGAAAUGAUUAACAUCAACUCGUCCAACAUAUGUAUUGGUGGCCUGGGUGUGGGAACUGCUUCACCGAUUAACCACAUAAGUGUUAUAAAAGUCAUUUUCAGUUAUCUAUUACAGCUGUGUAUGUAUUUACAUUUCUGUUUUGAUGUUUUGCAUUUGUCUGAACGGCAGAGGAAAGGUGGAAUGACGGUCAGGCAGACAUCUAGACACAGUGCAGCAUGGCACUAAGGGCUUGCUGUAGAAGAAAAGCUUGUAGUGUGAUGCGUAUACAACACUCCUUACGUGACCUUCUCUUGUCUCCUGAGCGUCUCUCGACCACUCCAUUUUGAUCAGUGGUUUCCAAGGAUACAAGGAGGCAAGACAAGGAAGCCAUGGUAGAGUAUUGGAGCUUAGCCUUGCUGUCUGUAGUGCUACAGCUAUUUUGCAGCGUUUGUGUAUGACAACUUCAGGGUGAUUAGGAAGAUGUGCCCUCAUCCAAGCGUCUCAUCAUUUGAUAUGGUGAGCAUUUGUACAGAUGUCCCUACAAGAAGUGCUCUGACUAAAAUAUUUUGAAGAUUUUGUACUGGAAACACAUUUUUUUCUUUCAUUUGAGACAGAAAAAAGCUGUAGGACAUGCACGACCAUGAUGAGAUGUUUGCAGUUGCUGUUAUAAACCUUGUAAAUCUUGCAGACCGAAACCCUCGUUCUACAUCCUCUGUCCAAAUCUGCAUUUUGGACCAACACAUACACACACCCACUCCAGGCAGACAAAAACUAGUUUCUUUGACAGAUACUGUACCCAGCAGGAUAAACUGUAGAGUUCUGUGAAUAUUCACUCAUUUCUGUUCCAUCAUAGCUCAUCUUCAUGAAGAUUGUACACAUGAUUGAAGGGUUGUAAAAAAUAAAGCAUAGGAAAGAAAGAAAAUUAUGAAUUAUUUGUAUGUGGAAAUGUCCAUGUCAGAACCAUUUAGUGGUUAUGAAAAAGGGGGGUAAGGAAGUGAAGUAGCCGACAGGAGGGAUACUGCUAGCUAGUGCUUGUCAAUCAUCCUUAUCUGUGGCAAACUGUCCCUGCAUGGUUCUGGUUUUCACCUUGUCUUCCACAUCCUACGAUGAGAGAUAUGAUGAGAUUUGGUUUACUGGAAUAAAAAUAAACAAAGCAAUACUUAUGUGUAAACAAGGCUGUAAGAUACAUGUUUGAAAAGAUUGAGAAAGGUCAGAUAUCCAUCUAACAUAACAGUGUAGACUAAAUGUGUAAGAUUUAUUUUGUUUAUAUUGAUAACUGCACAUGCUUUCAAGAAAUACUGACUUGUAGCCCUGUAAUUGAACUAGAUUGCAUCUUAUGUGUGGCCUCAUUAUCUUGAUUUUAUUGUUUUUAUUAAAGGAAUA